AUGCCUGUCUGUCCCGAUAUGUCCGCACACCCAAUUUUUGUGUAUAGUCUAAAAGUCAUUUCUUAUUGCUAUUGUUUUCGUAUAUUUAUUUUUUUUAAAUUUCAGGCUGAUUCAAGCCUUGUGAAGGGAAAGGAAGACUCAUUUAUUGGAAAGCUUUGGAACAGUAUAUUCAGCAGUGGAGGUGAUAAUAGUGCUUCUACUAAUACAGAUUAA